UCCCCCGGUCUCUCCCUCCCUCUGCUGCUGUGUCAGUUUUCAUUCUGCCCGGUAGGUGGGACUUGAUGCUCAGGACACGGGCUGCUCCCUCUCCCCCGUCCCUCCUUCUCACAUCAUCCCCGCAAAGUCCCGGGGCUGCGCGUCAGCGGAACCCGCAAACCGCACCAUGCCGUGCUAGACGCCGACACGCGCCGGGGAUUCUCCUUCUUCACCCGCCUUCUCCUGCUCUGUCGGACUAUUUCCUUUUUCUUCUUUUUUCCUUUUCCUUUUUUACUUUUCUGCCUCUGACACGCUGGGAGAAAGCGUCGUUCUCUCCAAUUUAACAUACAUACCUCUACACUCAUUGACCACCGAACACACACACACACACACACACACACACACAGACACACACACCCCGUACAUACAUCCACAGACAUCUUUGCGAUAAUUUUGCCACCGCACGAGGACGCCGACCCUCUGCUGGCUCGGGAGUCAUGGAUCUAUCUCCUUUUCCAUCCCGAAUUCGCUGGUGGAGGGUAUUGUUCCUUCUGAGCAUCUUCCAGGACUAUCUGAGCUCCAUGCUGGACUGUCCACCGACCUGCACUUGUUCCCCGACAGAGAUCUACUGCAAUAAGUCCGACCAGGGGAAAUUCUUUCCUUUGCUCGCCCUACAAGACACUGGGAACAAUGGGAAUAACAGCAACAGUAUUCCCGACCUAUUCAAGAACAUCACCUCCAUACAUAUAGAAAACUGGACAGGACUGCAGACCCUGAAAGAUGUGGACAUGGAGCUGUAUACUGGACUUCAGAGGCUGACUAUUAUGAACUGCAACCUCCGUGUGAUCCAACCGCGCGCAUUUGCCCAGAACCCCCACCUGCGCUACAUAAACUUGUCCAAGAACCCCCUGACUACACUUUCAUGGCAGCUUUUCCAGAAUCUUCAGCUUGUUGAGCUGAGGCUGGAAGGAGUGGUAUUUGAGUGUGGUUGUGGUAUUCGCUGGAUUCAGCUGUGGCAGCACAGAGGGGAGGCCACCCUUCACACCCAGCACCUCUUCUGCAACAAUGGCAUGUCGAAAAUCCCCCUGAAAAGCAUGAACAUAUCCCACUGCGACUUGCCAGAAAUCAGUGUGACACACAGCAACCUGAUGGUGAUCGAGGGAGACAAUGUCACUGUCACCUGUAAUGGCUCAGGAGCGCCCCUCCCUGAGGUGGACUGGACCGUUAAUAGCCUUCACUCCAUCAACACCCAUCAAUCUAAUGUGUACUGGCCCAACGUCCACUCCAUCAACCUGACCCUGGUCAACACAAGUCGGGAUGACAACGGCUUCAUACUGACAUGUAUAGCAGAGAACAUGGUUGGGAUGACCAACGCCUCUAUCCAGCUAAUCGUGCAGUUUCCUCCAGUCAUUCUAACUCUGGAAGAGCCCGAACGCCGCCAUGAUACCUGCAUCGAGUUUACAGUACGUGGCUACCCUCAUCCCACCCUCAGGUGGUUUUACGGAGACAGGGAGAUCCCACACACAGAGUCCAUCCGCACUGAGAUGGAGAUCUACCAGGACUACCUGGAGGGCUGCUUGAUGUUCAAGAACCCCACGCACCACAACAAUGGAAACUAUACGCUGGAGGCCAGCAACUUCCUUGGCACUGCCACCAAGACAGUGUUUGGACACUUCCUGGAAGCUCCACCCUUCCCGGAUAUCGAUUAUGACUAUGAGACCGCAGCACCAACACCAAGUGGUACACCAAGGCCCGAGGACACAUUUGGGGUGACCAUUGCAGUUGGGCUGGCUGGGUUUGCCUGCGUUCUCCUUGUCGUUCUAUUUAUUCUGAUUAACAAGUAUGGCAGGCGCUCCAAGUUUGGAAUGAAGGGACCAGUAGCUGUAAUAAGCGGGGAGGAGGACUCCGCAAGUCCUCUUCACCAUGUCAAUCAUGGCAUCAUCAGCCCCUGCUCCCUGGAUGCGGCACCGGAUGCUGUGGUUAUCGGAAUGACUCGAAUUCCUGUCAUUGAGAAUCCGCAGUACUUCCGGCAUGGGCAUAACUGCAACAAACCCACCACGUACGUGCAGCACAUAAAGCGCAGAGACAUCGUUUUGAAGAGGGAGCUGGGGGAGGGAGCCUUUGGGAAAGUAUUCCUGGCAGAGUGCUACAACCUCAGCCCCACCAAGGAGAAGAUUCUGGUUGCCGUCAAGACCCUGAAGGAUCCCACUCUGGCUGCAAGGAAGGACUUCCAGAGGGAGGCAGAGCUGCUGACCAAUCUGCAGCACGAGCACAUUGUCCGGUUCUACGGCGUAUGUGUGGACGGUGACCCGCUUAUCAUGGUCUUCGAGUACAUGAAGCAUGGCGACCUUAACAAGUUCCUCAGAGCUCACGGCCCGGACGCCAUGAUCCUGGUGGAUGGCCAGCCGAUGCAGUCAAGCGGGGAGCUGAGCCUAUCCCAGAUGCUGCAUGUUGCCACUCAGAUAGCAGCCGGCAUGGUGUACCUGGCUUCACAGCACUUCGUGCAUCGAGACCUGGCCACGCGCAACUGCCUUGUGGGCAAUGGCCUGCUGGUCAAGAUAGGUGACUUCGGCAUGUCCAGAGAUAUUUACAGCAUGGACUACUACCGGGUGGGGGGACACACAAUGUUACCCAUUCGCUGGAUGCCACCUGAGAGCAUCAUGUACCGCAAGUUCACUACAGAGAGUGAUGUGUGGAGCUUCGGCAUCAUCCUGUGGGAGAUCUUCACCUAUGGCAAGCAGCCAUGGUUUCAGCUGUCUAACAACGAGGUCAUUGAAUGCAUCACGCAAGGCCGAGUCCUGGAAAGGCCUCGCAUUUGUCCCAAGGAGGUAUAUGACAUAAUGCUGGGCUGCUGGCAGAGAGAACCACACCAGCGGCUCAGCAUCAAGGACAUCCAGAAGAUCCUCUAUGCCUUGGGCAAAACCGCUCCAGUCUACCUUGAUAUUCUAGGGUAGCAGUGGACAGGGACCAACUGCUUGUCUGUCUCCACUAGACAGAUAAACACAACCCAGGAAGAAAAAAGAAUCAAAUUUAAAAGAAAAAAAACCCCAAAAAAACAAACAAACAAACAAACCAAACAACGUGUACCUUACUGUUCCACUGUCAAACACCUUUGGGAUAGGGAUGGACUUAAGUGCCUGCUACACCUUUCGAUACACUGGAUUUAAAAAAAGCACUUUUACAUUUUGUUUGCUAUAAAUGUACAGAGAUACCCUCUAUGAAGAGCAUUUUUUUUUUUUUUUCUUAAAACCUUAAAAGGGAAUGGAGAACCCAACGCAAUUUACUACUGACCGAGAAUUCAAUCAUUUUUAAAUUAUUGUUUUAUUAUAUUUUUUCUUGAAGGUGGGGAUUUACGCCAUGUAUAUUCAUGAGGAUGACUUGUUUUUGGAGGAAACUUUUUUCACCAAGUCAGAAAGUCAGAUAUGGACUUCCUGAAGAAAGCCUUACUGCACUCCUGCUUGGUUGGAUCUUGUCUCAGAUUCUGUGGGAAGCAUUAAAGGGAUUUUCUAUUACAAAAAAAUAAACCAUGAGGAAACCCUAGGAAACAAGGACCACCAAUCAAUACAAAUAACAUAAUUUAAUAACUAUGUAUAUAAUGUAAAUUUCCAUAAGUGUCAAAAAGUUAUGUUAACUUAUUUUUCUUCCUGCUUAGAGUACUUUUGUUCCUUGGCGUGCUGUUACGGUGAGUUCAAUCUAUUAAUGUUUUCAAAAUACUCUUUAAAUUUUUUUUUCUUUUGACCAAGGUCAUAGAAUGUAUGCAGCCAUAUUUAUUUCAGUGUUGAUGCCCAAAUAUUUUCUCAGAUAUUUUCAGAUUUGCUGCCAAACCUUGAUUAGGACUUGAGAUAGAGACUUUCCGAGAACAUGGUUGUCUGAUAGUGAGCUUUUUAGGUUCUAAUUGAAUGUUUUGUCUAAUGCGUUGGGUGACCCUGGCAUUACGCUCUCACUGCCUCUUGUUGAUAAGCUUCCCACAGCAAAUGACAUGCUGUCUUUCCCGCUUUUUCACUUUUCAGACAUAAUUUACAUGUGCAUAACAUAGCAAAAUGAGUAAAAUGUGACGUAUUUUAUUUAAAGUAACAACGGAAAUUAUUCAAACUGGAGAAAUCUGCAAAUAUUUCUACUUCAUUUGCACAGAGAGGGAGUUUAUCUACAUUACAACAUUUAUGUUAGACUUGUGUUUUAGAGUAAGACUAAAAAGAUAAAAUGAAUAAUAUUUGAGCUCACCAGUGUAAAUAGUUUUUUAUGCAAAUUAACACCUAAAAUCACUAAUUUCAUGACAUGUUGUGGUAUAUAAGACAGCGUAUCAUACUUAGAGUUAAAGGAAGUAAGAAAUGAAGGCAAUAUGUGAAAUAGGCACAAAAUGUAUUUUCUAUCGUUCGUUUCAUUUUUCAUUUCUUUGAGGUAUAAGCUUUGUGCAGUAAUACAGAAUUAGGUAAAAGCAUUUCAUCUUGUCAGCUCUCCAAAUGCUUUAUGUUCAAAGACUUGGCAAACAAAAAUCAAUCAAUUUAUAUGGAUGAUGGAGCAUUCCAGUGGUAAAGAGGUGUUGCUAAUUAGCAUUGUGCUAUAAAGACUACAGUAUUCUAGAGCAUUUUGUCAAAGUGUUUUUAAUUUUGCUGGCUUAAUAAAUAAAGUUUCAUCUGAGUUCAGUAACAGUUCAACGAAAAAUCCACCUUUUUUGUUAAAAAGACAGAAAUUUAGUGUAGUGCAAAAUGAAUUUAUUUAUCAUAUGAAAGAAGCCAUAUGCAUAUGACACAGGUUGCAGCACUAAAAGUGUGAAUUUUAAAUAUUCAGGACAUAAAUGUGACUCUACAGAAACAUGCUAACCUAAGCAGCCUAU